AUGUAUUUAAUUAUUCUUGUAGUGCUGAUUAAAUGCAUGCUGAUUAAUUUAUAUUACAGCACCGAUUUUGAUGUACAUAGAAAUUGGAUGAGAGUCACCACAGAAUAACCAAUUAAUUAAUGGUAUUAUGAUGAAUAAUCCAUUUGGACACUUGAUUAUCCUCCUUUGUUUGCUUAUUUGGAAUAUCUUUUUGGCAAAAUAGCAAUAUUGCUCGGAAUUGACUUAUACAAUAUCACAGAUUCAUUGGUCUGGUUCUAAAGAAUUACUGUAAUAGUAUCGGAGUUUCUAUACUUUUUUGCAGUCAAAAAGCAAUAAAAAUCAUUUACAAAAUAAUUCAUUGAUAUGAUUCCUUUCGGAUGCCUACUAAUUGAUAAUAUACAUUUCUAAUACAAUGGAUUCUUAUAUGGUAUUUUGUUGUUUAUUUGUUAUAAAUUACAACAAUAACAAUAUCUACAAGCCUCUCUAUUGUACGUUAUAUUGCUUAGCUUUAAACACAUAUACAUCUACGUAUUGCCAGCUUUUGGAGUUAUUUUGUUGAAGAAUUGUCAAAUUAAGCAAAUCAUCUCAAUAGGGAUUUUAUCAGCAUCAUUGCUACUAGUCAUCUUUUUACCUUUUUAUUAGGACAUCUUUUAAAUAUUGAAAAGGUUAUUUCCUUUUCAAAGAGGACUUGUUCAUGCUUAUUGGGCUUAAAACUUUUGGAGUAUAUAUUGUGCAGCAGAUAAAGUUUUAGGAGCUAUCCUUAAAAUCAAUAAAGCUUCAACUGCUUCUGGUGUUGUUUAAGAAACAGUGUUUAAUGUGCUGCCUUCAAUAGGGAAUAUAACAACUUUAAUAAUUAUUGGAUCUUUGUGUUUGUUGUUGUUUAGAAAAAAGUACAAGAAUGUGUAUGACAUCUUCACAAUAUCUUCUUUAAUAUUCUUCAAUUUUGGGUAUCAUGUUCAUGAGAAAGCUGUAAUGAUUCCAAUAAUUUUACAAUUUGUAUAAAUGAAGAACCCAAACUUAAUGUUUAUGGCUUCAUUUAUAAACGGCAUAGCAUUGUUGCCAUUGAUUCCUACUUCAUAUGAAUAACCAAUACUAAUAAUUUUGCUAAUUAUCUUUCAUACAGUAUUUUAUGCUGAAUAUUAAAUCACAUUAAACAAUGCAGAAAAAUUAUAUCUAUAUGCUGGAGGCCUGGUUAUUUUUUACGAUCGUUUCCUCCAUCAUUUGAUUUUUGAAGGGAGAUUAGAAUUUUUGCCCUUGAUUACAUAUUCCUUAUAUGGUAGUUUGUUUAACUAAUACUGGCUCAUAAAGUAACUAAGACAGAAAGAUGAUUAUUAUGUAAAAUUGUGUUGA